UUAGCUGCAGGUGAUUACUCAUGCACAGCGGAGGUCCAACGAGUAAUUCCUGUUUUGAAGAAAGCAUAUGGUGACAGCAUGCAUAAGGUUUUGCACGUUGGCCCUGAUACUUGUGCAGUGGUUUCUACAUUGCUGAGUGAGGAAGAAACUGAAGCAUGGGGUGUGGAACCUUAUGAUGUAGAGGAUGCUGGUAGAAGCUGCAAAGCUCUUGUGCGCAAAGACAUAGUUCGUGUUGUUGAUAUCAAGUAUCCGCUUCCAUACAGGCCAAAGUCGUUUUCUAUUGUACUUGUUUCGGAUGCGUUGGAUUAUUUGUCGGAUAAAUACCUCAACAAGACCCUCCCGGAUCUGGCAAGGGUAUCAGUUGAUGGUCUUGUGGUCUUUACUGGCUAUCCUCGUAAGCAGAGAGCUAAAGCUGCUGAGGUCUCCAAAUUUGGGAAGGCGGCUAAAUUGAGGAGCACAUCCUGGUGGUCUAAGUAUUUUGGUCAGAUUAGUUUAGAAGAGAACGAAGAUGCCGCCAAGAAGUUUAAACUGGCCGCAACAAAGAUGUCAUAUGUCUCAAACUGCCAAGUUUUUCACCUCAAGUCAUUCAAUUGACAUCUUGACAUAUCUCUCUUGAAGCUGCUUGGCACAGUAACAUAAAUUUUGUAGGAAUCUUUACCACGAUCCGUCUAACCUUAUUUUUUCA